GGGAGCUAAAAAGGUUGACGUGUCAUAACAAGUCUCAGCAUUUUGUUCAUAGAAUUGAAGAUUGAAACUCAAAGAGAGAAAUACACACCAGACAGAAAGAAAAAAAACCACGACUUCGUUUAGCUAAAGGAAGCGAAAAUAUAGCCUACUGUUCAAAAGAAGAACUUCACAAACAUAGACACCAGCACGUAGGUCUGCAGCUCAGCAUGUCGGUCUUCAAAAUGAUUGCUUUUUUGCUACUUGUGGCUUUUGUUUUGCCUCAAAGUCUCUCAGUGGAUCAGAACUCUAAGCCUUGUAUGCCAGCGAAGUACAACAACGCUCAUAAUGUUUUCCUCAAGCGCCAUAUUCCCGAGGACGUCCCUAAAACGUGGGACAAUAACGCUUGGGAAACUUUCCUGAGGAAAAUUCAUACGUGUAGCAGACCGACGCAGUCGUUCUUCCGUGCCAGCGAGAAACAGCGAGUGGAAAAUGUGUGUACUAAAGCCGGGGGUAAGACCCUGUCCCGUAACCUGUGUAUCAGUAAAGAGAAAUUCUCCUUCGUAACGGUGCGGAUCGAUGUCAAUGAAGGCUUGUGUGGGAUCAAAAACAUCCGCAAUGAGACCAAACACAUCAUCCUCGCCUGUGAGCAGAUAGGAGAUGCCUGUCAACCCGUUCAUUUCGAAGGAAACCCUGAAAACACAGCACCAAGCAAUAACCAGCUGGACUGCGGCUCUAAGGGGAGCUCGGGGACUAAAACUACUGUGAUAAAUGUGUUUGCUUUCCUGUUGACUGCGGUAGUGAUGGUUUACAUUUUGUAAGAGUCAAAGCUAUAUUUGUAAUGCUACUUCUUAAAAAGCAUGUACUUGUUUGUUGUGUUCGGAAUUUUUUGUUUUUAACAUUUGUUACAAUAAAACCAUUUUAAACAUAUAA